AUUAAUUAUUAUUAUCAACACUUAUAUAUAGCGAAUGAAAUCGAUGAAAUAUCAAUGAAAUAUAAUACUAUGUAUAAAGAUGAAAAUAACCAAUAAAUUACAUUUCAAAAUUACGGAUACUUUAUCGUUGUUUAGCUUUAUCAUUGCAUAAAGCUAUCAUGCAUUGCAGGAAGUGGGUUAAAUUGAAAAAGAAUAAUGAUUGGUAUGAAUUGGAAUCAGAAUCAGUUACUGAUGAAAAACAAUGCCUUGUACGAAUAAAUUUUGUCCAAGCAGCAUUUGACUGUAAUAAUGAACAAUUGAUAGCAAUAAACUCCAAAGGUAUAGCUUAUCACGUCGACUUAACAAACAUACAUCCAUGUUAUCAGAAACUUGGUAUGAUAGGACAAGCUUGUUUUGUAGCAUUCAAUUCUAUGAACAAUAGCGAGAUAAUAAUAGGUCUUACCACAGCUGAUAUAAAGCUUAUGAAGAUACAUGCAAAUAUCAAUGAAUUUUGUUUAAUAUCAGGGCAUAAAUUACCAGCAACAAAUAUCUCUUUUUAUAAGGAUUACUGCUUAACGUGUUCUUAUAAAGAAGUUAUAAUAUGGCAUUUAAAAUCUUUCAGUAGAGUACACCAAUUACAUAUCAAUACUACAAAUGUAUCUGUAAAGAAAGCAAGUUUAUCAAGCUUAGGUCAUAUUGUUGUAUUAUAUCACAAUGAUAGCAUACAAACUUGGAUGUUUAAUCAGUUAGAUACUGAUACAAAAUUAGAUAUAAAGAAAUUUGGUAUACGUAAUGUAAAAGACUUUGUUUUUAUACAAAAUGGAAGAGCUAUGAUAAUAGCCAGUACUCAAAAUAAAAUUAUUAUUUUAAAUACAUAUAAUUGGAAUAUGAUAAAAAGUUUGAGUUUACCAGAGAAAUUCAUUGGUGUAAAAAAAAUGUCCAUUGUACCUCUGCCAUUAGAUAGUGGUGCCAAUAAAAUUGUAGCAGUUAUUUCAUCAAAUUGCACACUGCACAUUCUUGAUUUAAAUUUGUCUUGUUUUAUUGAUAAGACACACGUAAUCAAUAACAUUAAAAAAAUUGUAGUUUCUUCAGAUGGUAGGUACAUAAUAAUUAUUGAAAAACAAGGACUCUUGAAAUUGACAUUUUGUGAAAAAUUGUUCCCUCAAGAAUCCAAACGCACAGAAAAAUUAGAAAAAAAAUGUAGACCUCAAGCUCACAAAAUAAAUGAACAUCUCCAAUGUAUCAGACAAAGUAUAAAACAAGAACUACGUUUAGAUAGAUUAUUACUAAUUUUACAAGAAUUUGGAAGAUUUCCUGACAAAUAUCGUCAUCUUAUAUGGUCUACAAUAUUAAAACUUCCAGCUAAUAAAACUGCAUUCAUCUCUUUAAUCAAUAAUACAACACAAGGAACAGUUACCAUAAGUUUUCUUAAAAAUUACCAUUUAGCUGAUCGUAAUAAAGCAUCAUUAUUAACUACAAUAAUAGAAUGUUUAAUACAAUGGUGUCCUUUACUUGCUCAAACUUCAUUUUUGCCAAAUUUAAUAUUUCCAUUUCUUGUGGUAUCACAGAAAGAUCAACUAUUUGCUUUGGAGCUUACUUUAAAUAUACUUAUAAAUUAUUGUCAAAAAUGGUUUGAAUACCAUCCCUUACCACCUUUAAAUAUUUUGGGUAUUAUCGAAAAUAUUCUUUUGAGAGCAGAUCCACAACUGCUAAAUGUCUUUUGCGAACGUGGUAUAACAUCUAUUGAAUAUGCAUGGCCAUUAUUGCAGACCACAAUGAGCGAAGUAUUAUCUGGUGAUGAGUGGCUUAUUUUGUGGGACCAUUUGUUAUCUUUUCAAACACCUACUCUUUUUCUUAUGUGUGUUAUUGCCUAUAGCAUUUGCUCACGUAAUAUUAUCUUCAUGUUACAUAGAGCUGAAGAUUUAAAGCAUUUCUAUAGGACGCAAGGACAUGUUAGAGCUAAGGAGUUAUUAAAAAUAGCACAAAACCUUGAUCAAAAUAUCCCAUAUCGACUACAUCCGAAUCGUUAUCUUAGAAACAAGUUGAUUCAAUUACCCGAGGAAGGACCAUAUCCUCCACUUGUAUUAGAAGACUAUCCAAAAUUUCUUACUGAAGAAUUAAAUAUCUCACAAGUUCCCAAACUUCAAAAACAAAAACAAAUUUUGCAGAGAUACAAACAAGAAGUUGUAUUAACAGAGGAAAUAAGAUUACAUGAUGCAGUAAAAGCUUUCAUGAAGGAAGUCCAUAAAAAUAGACUUGAUGAAGUAAAAAAAUGUUUUCAAGUACAGUUACACGAGAAGGAAUUAGAAUUAAAUGAAAUAAUGGAACAGAUGAAAGACAUACCAUAUAAAUAUGUAGGAAGAAAACUUUCUGAUCUGAUAGCAAAUUUAGAAUCAGAAACAAAUAGUAGUAUGAAUUCAGAAAAUACUACAACAUUGGAUGAUAAGGAAUUUAAAAAUUGUGUAAAAUUGCAAAGAGAUGUAGCUAAGCUAGAAGAUGAAGUAAAAGAUGUUUUAGAUUCAUUGAGAUGCAAUACAUCAGUAAAUAUUAUUUAAUUUUGAAUUUAUAUUCUUAAAUAUUUACUAAGAAAUUUAAUCAUGUAGAAAGUAUGUAUGUAAUUUGAAAUGUACGUAAGUAUAUAUUUUAAUAUAAAUAUAACAUUUUUUAUAUUAUAUUUUGGAAACCAUAAAUAGGUAUUCGCAAUUUUUAAAAUCAUUGUAAAUUCGCAUGAUAAUAUUUUAAAAAGUAUGUUUCUUAUGUAUAUAA